ACCUGUCAAUGUAAUAACACGACUAUAAUAGCUUUGAAGCUUCCGUUACUUAAUAUUUUACGCGUUAGACAAAUAUUUAUCCGUCACUACAUCCCAUUUUAGACGAAAACAACAAUUUAAUCUCCUUCUCUUCUCUCUCUCUCUACACCAUGGCGAAUCUCACCUUAGAGCUCAACAUCUACUCUGCAAAGGAUCUUGAAAAUGUCAACCUUAUCACCAAGAUGGACGUAUACGCCGUCGUUUGGAUCAACGGCGGUGAUUCCCAGAAGAAUCACAAGGAGAAAACAGCCGUUGACAGAACCGGAGGAUCUGAGCAUACAUGGAACCACGCCGUCAAGUUUUCCGUCGAUCAAAGGUUGGCACGUGAAGGCCGCCUGACCCUCGUCGUGAAACUGGUCUGCGAUCGAAUGUUGGGCGACAAAGAUAUAGGAGAAGUCCAAGUCCCUGUUCUUGAGCUUCUCAGUUCGCUGCCGUCAUUUAACGGUGAUGGUAACGGAAACGGACAAGGGAUGCGAUUCGUGACGUAUCAGGUGAGAACUCCGUGUGGGAAAGGUCAAGGCUCCUUGACUUUCUCGUACCGGUUCGAUAUGCCUUCGUUUAAACCGGAUCUAGUGGAAUCUCCGGUUCAAUCGAAUCCGGUUGAUUCAUCUCCUGUUCUCCCGCCGGCGAGCUGUCCUCCGGCGACUGAAGCUGGUUUCUAUCCACCACUAUCGUCAAUUGGACAUCCUCCGUCGUCUCAGCCGCAAGGCUAUUCCGCGCCGCCGUGUCCAUACCCGUACCAGCACCAGUACAAUUCUCAUUACCCGGAACAGCCGGUCAACGCUUACCCACCGUCGUCCUCUGCCUCGAAUCUCUAUCCUCCGCCGUCGUACGGUGCAUCUCCGCAGGAUCAUGCCAAUGUGUAUCCGCCGCCGUCUUACGGUGGUUCUCCGCCGCAUCAUUUCAAUGUGUAUCCGCCGCCACCUGAUAAACCCGUUCAUUCGUACCACCAAAUGCAACCGUCACAGUCGUUUCACGGUUACGCGCCGCCGUCUCCUGAUAAACCCGGGCACUCGUUCCACCAAAUGCAACUGUCACAUUCGUUUCACGGGUAUGCGCCGCCGUCUCCUGAUACACCCGGGCACUCGUUCCACCAAAUGCAACCGUCACAUUCGUUUCACGGGUAUGCGCCGCCGCCGUCUCCACAGACUCAGCAUGGGUACUGUUAUCCGCCGCCGGGAUACGGGCACGAUCGUCCGCCGACGCAAAUGCCGCCCAAGAAUAAUAAACCUGGGCUUGGAAUGGGAGCUGGGCUUUUGGGAGGAGCAUUAGGUGGGCUUUUACUCGGCGAUUUAGUGUCUGACAUUGGCUUUUGAUUUUAAAAUGUUUACUUGUGAGAACUGAGAAAAUUCGUUUUCUUAAUUAUUUUUCGUGUUGUCAAUAACUCCAGUUGCGUGGCAUGACAUACAGUAUUUGUUUUUGUUUUUGUUUUUGUUUUUGUUUUGAUGAAGAACUUGUCUUCUGUACGGUAAAUUGCAAUGUCAAUGUGCAUACAAGUCAUAGGAGAUACUACAACCCUAAUAUACAAAAAAAAAACACAUUUACAGUUUUA